UUAACGCUCAGGCAAAACGGGGCUUCCUUGUAUAAAUGUGAACGGUCCUUGUGCAGUAGUUUCGCUAACAAAGAGGCUACAAAAUGUCGGGAGAGGUGUUUCUAUUUUGGUUUCUGUCGGUAAUACAAACGCUUUCAGCGUAUGGGGCCGAGGUGUCGUCUGAGGCCUGCAGGGAGCUGGGCUUCUCCAGCAACCUCCUGUGCAGCUCCUGUGACCUGCUCGGGGAGUUCAGCCUAGCUACGCUCCAGCCUCCCUGUCGGGAGUGCUGCCAGCAGGAGGCCCAGAUGGAUGGCCGCAAGCUCUACGCCGGCGCCAUCCUUGAGGUGUGUGGAUGAAAAUUGGGGAGGUUCCCCCAAGUCCAAGCUUUUGUCAGGAGCGACAAGCCGAAGAUGUUCAAGGGUCUUCAGAUCAAGUACGUCAGAGGCUCAGAUCCUGUCCUAAAGCUUUUGGACGAUAACGGGAACAUUGCUGAAGAGCUCAGCAUCCUCAAGUGGAACACUGACAGCGUGGAGGAGUUUCUGAGUGAGAAGUUAGACAGAAUAUAGACAAUUUCCUUCUCCUUUUUUUUUUUUUUUUUCUUUUUCUUCUUUAAAAAUAAGGCUUUAAAUGGCCUUUUCACCUGGAUUAUGAUAUAGAAAAGUGAAUAAUGGUUUUCCUGCCAUUUGUGUCAGCUGUUCAUUUAUUUACCAGUUUGUACAUGACUUGGCCUUGAUAGGUGUUUGUUAAACCACUCCUUCAUACGAUGGGGGUUCUGAAGACGUCCCACUGUCUGUCUGAUAUUCUUGUAUAAUUAUUUUUUUAUAUUGUUGAACAAUAUGACUGGUGAGAGUGAACGAGUCCUCGUUCCUCUCCAGAUGCAGCUGUCUGCUAAAUCACACGUGUGUGAAGAGUUCACAGUAAACCAGUUGUGGGAUGUGAGCUCUGAUGUAAAUUUGUGGUUCUUGCACAUUCUGCUCUGAAGAGAAACAUGAUUUGUUUUGGAAGUUUGUUUUACAAAUUAUGCAACAAUAAACGAAGUCUCUGCUA